UUUCGGUAACACAGUUCGUCUGGCCUUCGGCUGUGAGGGAAAGGUUUGGGAAGGUUUGGGAGUGUCUCGCCAUAUUGUCAUAACAACUCUUUGUCCUUGGCGAGCAGAAGCAGAGGCACCAUGAAUGAAGAAGAGCAAUUUGUAAACAUUGAUCUGAAUGACGACAACAUCUGCAGUGUCUGCAAGCUGGAGACGGAUACAAGCACUUUGUCGUUCUGCCACGUUUGUUUUGAGUUGAGCAUAGAAGGCAUGCCCAGCUCCACACUGUUACACUCCAAGUCAUUGCGAGGGCACAGAGAUUGCUUUGAGAAGUACCACCUGAUUGCCAACCAGAAGCUGUCCAGGACCAAAGGCUCUCGCAGCACAUACGAAGGGGUGAAGAAUGCCUUGAGUCGCAAAAUCAGCCGCAUCAUUCAAUAUGCCCAAAACAAGGAGGCAGUGUCUGAAGCAGGCCACCGUGGGGAUAGGCACCAGCUUCUUUGCUACAGCAAGCAGGGUGACCGCAAUCUGGUACCGCAGACAGACUCUCAUGUGCCCCGGUACACACCCCGCUGGAGAGAGGAAGCGGCUGCAGGUGUCCCAGACUAUGCUAAAGGCAUGCUGGGGUGCCAUACAGUAGAAGAACUGGGGCUGGCCACCUUGGGAGAUGAAGACUCUCCACUGUGCCCUCAGAGUGGCCUCUGGCCUGGAGAGACACGAGGCCUGCUUUGUGCCCAGCAGCAGGGAGGGGGCACCAUGGGGGUCAGACAGUGCAGAAACACAGGCCACAGCCAUGAAGAGUUGACUAGGAUGAGUGUUGAAGAGCUCCACCAGCUUAAUGGAGAGCUGCUUCUUCAGUUACAAAAGGUGUUUGAGGAGCUGACAGUGGCUGUGCAGGAGAAGGAUGCCCUGGCCUCCGAGUUACACGUGCGUCACAUCGCCAUUGAGCAGCUCUUCAAGAACUGUGCCAAGCUGCCCUGGCUACAGAUCAGCAGGGCUGGGGUCAAGACAAGCAACCCGCCCGUAGAGUGAUGGCUUUAAGGAGCAGAUGUGAAGUACCCAACAAUUCCUUGUGCCUAAACACAUCGCCCAGUGUGGCCAGAUCGUUACUGACAAGUUUAUUUAUUUCUAUGCGCGAUAGAUACUGUAUAUAUCUAUACCUGGUAAUGUAUUACCUAUCUCUAUGGAAUGAGGAAGACACCACACUGGAGUGUGUCACUUAGGGACACUGAAGAGGAGACUUAUCUGUGGCACAGGCUCUGACCAUGAAGACGGAGAUGGCCCUUGGCACCACUGUUUCUGGAUCACUGAAGUGGUCACAUUUCUUCUAUGCAUAUCUGUGAGAGCAAAUAAUGGUGUUCUCAUUCAAAAGUAAAACUGUGUACUCGAAAAUGAUGCUUACAACAAUGCUUUAAAGGAUUGUUCACCAAAAAAUGAAAUGCAUAUUGAAUGCUUUAUGGUAUUUGGUUUUACAUUUUAUUUUUCUAUUUAUUUGCCUUUACUAGAAGGUUAGAUGACAUGCAGCAGUUGAGAUUCAUUUGUCAAUAAGUCUUUCUUGUCCUUAUGUUGAAAUUUGGAUAGAAUUCAGUUCCUCUGUUAGAGCAGAAGCUUCAUCCUCUUGCUGGGUGCAGUGACAAUGGCUGAAACUUCAUUUUUCUCUACUAAACUGGAAUUUCAGUGCACGUUGAGAAGGAGGUGUGUGUGAGAGAGACAACUGUCCCUUCAAGAUGAUGUUUCCUUGUUGCUGUGGUAAGUAAGGUUAAGGCAGUUUAAUAGGCAGUAGAAUUUCUUGAUUGGAGCUGAAGGAAAACUUAGAUUGCAGUGAGAUUUUCUCAUCACUUAAAAUGGUAAAAUACUUAUUCAGACUGUCAUGGUUAAAUGGGCUGGGUUGCAUUUUUGUGGUCUUAUUAGUUUUUGAUGUGUUUUGUGUGUAUCAGAUUAUUUCAGUUUAGGAAAUUCAUUUCUGGAUUUUAUUUGAAAGAAUUUUUGGUUGAGUCUUGAACGAACUUCGGAUUCCUUAGCAUUUCCUUUUUGAUAAGUGAUGUUCUAGACUAAUGUACAGAUUCUUUGUUUCUUGCAUUUUGUUAUGCAUAAUCUGUUAGCCACACUUAAGUUUAAAAUUUAGCUUGUAGUGUAAGGAAGAACAUAGUCUAUAGAAAGUAUAAGAUGGGUGGAUUUGUUACUUCAUCAAAACAAGACCAUAGGUAUUUAUGCCUGUAAUACAACUAGUAAAGGCAUCUAUAUCUUGAAGCAUGCAAGUGUAAGUACCUAAAAAUAACGAUGCCACUGGCUCAAAGAUCCUGAUAGUUUAAUUUUUUUGGUUUUCUGAAAUACUCCAAUAUUACAAUAUUUGGCUCUAAAAUUCCACAUGCUAUAUAAAAUACAAUUUUAUUACCAAAGUUUCUUUGAAUUGUUAGAAAGCAUUUCUUUUUUGUUUCUGAGGUUGUAUGGUUCAAAAUUGAUCCUUUGUUUGGUGUAUUUGAUGCUAUCAUGAGCUCUUCCAAUUGAAGGAAUAGUUUUUCCUGCGAGUGCUCCUGCUCAAAAUUAGUGGUUAUAAUGACCCCUGCUGGAUGUUCAGGGAAUAGAACCAGACUUCAAAUGAGAUUAACUACUAUUUAAUUAGUUUUACCCAUUCUACUAAACAGUUAUUGAUUAUUGCGAGUUGUUGCAAUGAGACAAGGAUGGAAAUGUCUGGAUGCGCUGUAGAAUCAUUCUCUUUAUAAGAGAAAUAUUUGAACCCUUAGGGUUUAAGAAGUCUCAAAGUGGAAAAAGUUCUGACCUUAUGGUUUGUUCUUUGUGCGAGUCGGAAAUGUGACUUUCUGCUGUGUAGCUACAUAUUAUGUCCAAGGUAAUGGGUUCAGUAUUUCCCAGACCUGUUUUCAAUAAGGGUGCAUACAGUUCCGUAAGAAAACUAUUGAAUUGUUGCUGGAGCUGAAGCCUCACUGCCUUACAGGAAAAAUGUACUGUGUCACACAUUCUUGUAUCUUUACGAUAUCAGUUAUUCCGUGUGUCUCCAGCUACUUUUUCUGCAGUUUGUCUUUUUUUCUGUUUGUGAAUUUCAGUGG